UUCUUCUCUGACCGUUAAAGUAACACAAACGCUUAGCCAUGUUAAUAUUUCGCGCCAUUUCUCUUAGAAAAUUCAAAUUUCAACGUGCUUCUGUUUCACGCUCUAAUUUUUCCAAAUGCUUCAUGGGUAUGGUGAAUCACGCACAGCCCAGCACUCCCUCUUAUAAGUCAUUGCUCUCCCAUCACCUAAAGAACCACAGAUUAGACGAAGCUCGUGUGCUUUUCGAUCAAAUCCCGGUUCCGGAUGUGACUCUGUGUACCAUGAUGGUUACGGGUUAUGCGCGAAACGGUAGACUUGGCGAUGCCUUGGAACUGUUCUAUGAAAUGCCCGUUAAAGAUAUAGUUUGCUGGAAUUCGAUGGUGAAAGGGUGUUUGGAUUGUGGGGAUUUGGACAUGGCUCGGAAGCUGUUCGACGAAAUGCCUGAGAGAAAUGUUGUUUCUUGGACCACGAUGGUUAGUGGGUUCUUGCAGUUUGGGAGAGUUGAGGUGGCUGAGCGCUUGUUUCGGGAGAUGCCGGCGAGGGAUGUGGCGGCGUGGAAUUCGAUGAUUUAUGGGUAUUGUGGGAAUGGUAGAGUUGAAGAUGCGAUGAAGUUGUUUGAGGAGAUGCCUCGUCGGAAUGUGAUUUCGUGGACUUCGAUGAUUGGUGGGCUUAACCAGAAUGGGAAGAGCGAUGAGGCUUUGUUUCUUUUUGGGAAGAUGGUGGGUUCUGGUGUGGAGCCCACUUCAACCACAUUGGUUUGUGUAUUGACAGCUUGUGCAAAUAUAUUAGAAUUUCAUGUAGGUGUUCAGAUUCAUGGACAGAUAGUUAAAGUGGGGUACUAUUUUGAUGAAUUUAUAUCUGUGUCACUUAUAACGUUUUAUGCAAAUUGCAAGCAAAUAGAGAAUGCUUGCAAGAUUUUCAAUGAGAGAAUGCAUAAAAAUGUAGUAGUAUGGACAGCUCUAAUAACGGGAUAUGGUUCAAAUUGUAAGCAUGAGGAUGCAUUGAAGGUUUUUGGGGAUAUGAUAAAGAUAGGCGUCCUGCCAAAUCAGUCUUCUUUGACUAGUGCUUUAAAUUCAUGUUGUGGAUUAGAGGCUCUAGAUAGGGGCAAAGAGAUCCAUUCUACAGGUAUUAAGUUAGGUUUCGAAACCGAUGUCUUUGUGGGUAAUACUCUUAUUGUCAUGUAUAUGAAAUGUGGAAAUAUAAGUGAUGGUGUAGCUAUAUUCAAACAUAUUGCUGAGAAGAAUAUUGUUUCAUGGAACUCUAUCAUUGUUGGAUGUGCACAACACGGGUAUGGCUUGUGGACUUUGACUCUGUUUAGCAGAAUGAUACGUGCAAGGGUAGAUCCAGAUGAAAUCACAUUUACUGGGUUGCUUUCUGCUUGUAGCCAUUCUGGGAUGUUACAAAAAGGGAGAUGCUUUUUUAAAUAUUUCAGUCGAGAUAAAUCCAUGGUGAAGCUUGAGCACUAUGCAUGUAUGGUUGACGUUUUAGGUCGAUGUGGCAAGUUGGAAGAAGCAGAAGAACUAAUAAAUGACAUGCCCAUAAAAGCAAAUUACACAGUAUGGCUAGCUUUGCUUAGUGCUUCUAGGAUGCACUCAAACAUAGAUGUGGCUGAAAGAGCUGCAAAGCACAUUUUUGAUUUAGAGCCACAUUGCAGUGCAGCUUAUGUUUUAUUAUCUAAUUUAUAUGCUUCUGCAAAUAGAUGGGGUGAUGUCUCUAGGAUACGGGGGAAGAUGAAACAUAGUGGAGUUGUUAAACAAGCAGGAUCCAGUUGGGUUACUCUAAAGGGACUGAGGCAUGAAUUUCUUUCUGGAGAUAGGUCCCACCCCUUCAGUGAAAAAAUAUAUGAAAAACUGGACUGGUUGGGAGGAAAGCUGAAGGAAUUGGGAUAUGUUCCUGAUCAGAAGUUUGCCUUGCAUGAUGUUGAGGUUGAACAAAAGGAAGAGGCAUUAUCUUAUCAUAGUGAGAGGCUUGCUAUUGGAUUUGGGUUAAUUAGUACUGUGGAGGGGAGUACAAUAACAGUAAUGAAGAAUCUUCGUGUAUGCGGCGAUUGCCAUUCUGCCAUUAAGCUUAUAGCAAAGAUUGUUGGGCGGGAGAUCAUUGUAAGAGAUUCUAGCCGCUUUCAUCACUUCAGGAAUGGAAACUGUUCCUGUGGGGAUUAUUGGUAGCUAUCAUUGGCUUAUAUGAUGAGUCCACGUGAAAUUGUUCCAUGCUGGAAAUUUCCUUCUUCCUAGAUAGUCCUCAUCAUCAGAUUAUUAAAAAUUUAUACAGUGGUGAUGGCCAUAAGAAGUGGGAAUUCUCAUAGCAAUAAACAGGAGUUCUACUAAUCCAUGUUUCCUAUGGAAGUCUCAUAAUGAGUUGAAACUCUCCAGCUGUAGUGAUAUUGGCCCUCUAUAUGGGUUUAAUGAAUUGUUAAUCGGUCAAGCGUUGCCAACGUUGUGAGAACGAAAGAGUCGAGAGGAGCUUGAAGGGAUGAAGAAAGAUGCCAAACUUUUUUGCAGAAUUGAGAAUUAAAAUUAAGGAACAACAAUGGUUAAGAAAGACAGUUAUGACAUUGCUCACAAAUUCUCAAGAAAAUGGACCUGAAGAUGAACAAAUGGAUCAUGCAAGAAAACAACACAAAAAGUGAGAAUCAAAUCAAGCUUCUAAAGACUUGGAUCAAAGUACUGAAUAAAGAGCAACAAUAUUUAAAGUGAAGGUCUUGCGGGUGGAUGCACAAAAACAACAAUCUUGAAGCUUUUAGAAACAGUAGCGAGGGAAUUGAGGUCUUGAAGACAUAAAUCAAGUGGUUCAAGAAAGAAGAAGAUAAUGUUGAGACGAGGCUCAUUGAGUUCGUUGGUUAAAACUGAAGGACCUCAGCAAGCGAUAUAUUGCAUGAAGAUGAAAGAUGGAAGAGGAGACAGAAGGCUUCAAAGAAGAACAAGAUAAUAUGAAAAAUAAUUUUAGUGUAACAGAGAUGGAGAUUUCUUCUCAUAGUGUUGAAUGGUUCAAGGGAUAAACUGAUGAAGCAAAGUGGAGCUUGAGUAAGGCCAUAUUCCUUCAAGCAUGAACAUUUGUAAAGUUAAUUUUCCCCGUAUUCAGUUUAUUCCUUUAAACAAUAUUAUGAAUUAAAAAAAUUUACUCUCAAUUUAGUGUUGAUAAAUUGACAAGGGCAAUUGAGUAAAC